ACAACAACAAAAAAAAAUAUUGCUUUGUGUUUUUUGAUCUCUCUCUACACCAGCAUGUCUCCUCUUAAUACCGAUGACUUGCACCGAAUCUUCCAAAAGCUUGACCAAAAUGGUGAUGGCUUCGUGAGCCUCAACGAGCUCAAAUGCCUUCUUGAGAAAAUCGAGAUUCAGAUUAGCCUAGACGAACUCGAGUCGUUAGUGGGCAAAAUGAGCCUUGAUCUUCUUGACUUUUUGUUCUUUUAUGACACCAUCGUCAAGAAAAACACUAAUAAUGAUCAAAAUGAAGUGGGUGCAGUAGAUAAGGAUUUGGAGAGUGAUCUCGCUAUGGCUUUCAAGGUGUAUGAUUUGAACGGUGAUGGUUUCAUCUCAUGCGAGGAGAUUCAGAACGUGUUGUCGCGAUUAGGGUUGUGGAAAGAGCAUUGUGGCGGAGAUCGCAUGAACAUGAUUAAAGUGUAUGACACAAAUUCCGAUGGGGUGCUUGAUUUUGAGGAAUUCAAGAACAUGAUGUUGCUUACCAAUUCUUAAAAACAUUUAUUUGGUAAAAAAAAGUUUCACAUUGCUAUUAAGUUGUGAGGGGGAUUGUAUUGGUGAGAUAGGAUUUGCAUUUGAUGUAAUCAUGUUAGAAAAAAUUGUCUUGAAUUGUUACUAUUGC